AUGUUGUUACCAAUCGGGAUAGGUAGUGCCGUAGGCCUCCUCUUCGCGGCUAUUUUUGCCUAUAUUGCGGCCUAUCUUGCCUACAACGCAUGGUUCAAUCCUCUUCGCAAGUACCCUGGCCCGCUCUUCAUGCGCACAACAAGACUGGGAUACCUCUACAAAGCGUUCAAGGGCACACUGCCGUUCGAUAUGCUGGAUCUGCACAAAAAGUACGGCCCUGUUGUACGCAUCGCUCCUAAUGAACUUGCCUUUGCCGAUCCUGCCGCCUGGAACGAUAUCCAGGGCCAUAGAACAAAGGGCCAGUUGGAGUUUGAGAAGGCGCAGCUCUUCUAUCGUCCCAUCGACACCAUGGAGAUCGAUAUUAUUAGCGCUGAUCGUACAGAGCAUGGGUUCCUCCGACGUACGCUUUCGCAUGGUUUCAGUGACAAGAGUCUUCGCGAACAACAGCCCCUAAUACAGGGAUAUAUUGACAAGUUGAUCGAGAGGCUGCAUGAGAAUAGUAACGGCGGGUCAACUACGAUCGAUAUCAUGGCUUGGUACAACUUUACGACAUUUGAUAUUAUUGGAGAUCUCGCUUUUGGAGAGCCAUUUGGAUGCCUUGACUCAUCUGAUUAUCAUCCCUGGGUUCGGAUCAUUUUUCAGAUGGCCCGGGCCGGAGUGGUGCUGCAGGCAUUGGGGUACUACCCAUCUCUCAAGAACUUUCUUCUCAGCCUAGUUCCCGACUCAGUUCGCGAGCAGAAUCAACAACACGAAGAGCUUACGAACGAGAAGCUCCGGCGACGAAUGAAUCUUGGGGCUGAGCGCCCGGAUCUUAUCGAGGGCCUCCUGAGGAAGAAAGAUGAAUGGGGUUUGACCAUGAGCCGUCUCUCAUCUAAUGCAGGCAAGUUGAUCAUCGGCGGCAGUGAAACGACCGCAACACUGCUAUCUGGAGUUACGUAUUACUUGGCAAUGAACCCUGCCGCUUUAGAAAAGGUGACAAAUGAGGUUCGAUCCACAUUCAAAACGGAAGACGAGAUCGAUUUUAACAGCGUCAACAACUUGACGUAUAUGCUCGCAUGCCUGAAUGAAGCUUUAAGGAUGUAUCCACCCGUUCCUGUUGGGCUUCCGAGAGUCGCACCAAAGGGUGGUGCCAAUGUGUGCGGCCAUUAUGUACCAGAGGGCACCGUCGUUGGAAUUCACCAAUGGGCCCUGUACCAUAACGAUAAAUUCUUCAAGGAUCCUUUCAACUUCCACCCUGAGCGAUUCCUCGGGGACAGUGCGUUCGAGAGCGACGUUCGAGAGGCGUUUCAGCCCUUUCAUGUUGGACCACGAAACUGUAUUGGGAAAAAUCUGGCAUACGUAGAAAUGCGAACAAUCCUUGCAAGAGUGUUGUUUAAUUUCGAUAUGCGACCUACGGACGCUACUAGCGGAUGGGAAAAGCAAAGGGUAUUCAAUUUGUGGGAGAAACCGCCCCUACCUGUUUAUUUAACAUCCGUCAAACGCAGCUAG